AUGAAAAAUGGUGUUGGAGAUUUCAUUAAUAAAAUGACUGAGUCAUUCCAUGAAAAACAACUUUCUAACCCAAUGGUUAAAUGGCAAGUUCCAGAUACUUUUGCAUUUAAAUAUAAAGAACUUGAAAAUGAAUUAUUUAUUGGAGGUGUAUUUAUUCGAAUCUUCAACCAAAAUCCUACAUGUCCACUUAAUAAUCCAAAUGCAUUUAGUGAUGGAUUAUUUAAUAAGUAUCAAGAAGCUGCCAGACAACGAGAUGUUACUGUAAUGAAUGCACUUGCUAAGACAAUUGCAGUAUUUUAUACUAAUCAGCCACAAUGUUUAGAUUAUAUAGCUACAUCAGGUCAUUUAUCUAAAGUCGUAGAAUUACUACAAACACUACCAGAUGAGACAUUGUUUAUAAUUCUACAAGUUAUUGUUACAAAUUCAUUGUGUAAAGAACGGUUAAUAGAUAAUAACGCAGUUCCAUUAAUCGUCCUUUGUUUAACUAAAAUACCUGAACACGCACAAAUUGUAGCUAAUGUUUUUAGGUCAAUGACAUCUGGAGUUGGAUGUAAAGGAGUAUUAUGUUAUGUCCCAAAACUUUGCAACGAAAACGUCCAAAGUGCUAUCUUUACAGUAUUGAAAGGUUCAUUAGAUGACACUCUUGGAUCAUCAGCACCAGAGGUCAAAGCAUUGAUAGUUGACGCUUUACAGAAUGCUUUACAAGACUCUUCUCACGCAGCAAAUCUGGACGUUGUACUGAAUGAACAUCCAGAAUGGCAACAAUAUUCCACUCAAAAACAUGGACUUUUCCUUUCUGGAGCCUCACCUAUUUCUGGGUAUAUUGCCGGACCUACGGCAUCAAGUGGUGCUGUAGGAUUAUUAACUGUAGCCGAAGAUGCAUCAAUACAUAGACCAGACGCACCACCCGAACUUAAAUAA